ACACAGGUCAACACACAACAACAUUGCCCUCCUCUCUCAAUUAGAGACCUUAAAAGACUGAAACCCACAGCUAAGAGAGAAGCUGGGAAGAAAGUUGCAGAGACAUAGAGAAAAUGGUUUAAUAUCUUAAUAUCAGUGAGUGAGUUGUCUCUGCAAAACCUCUACAGAGAAGGGUCAAAGUGGUUUUUCAAAAACCAUCUUAAAACCCACACAACCAUGUCUUCUUCAAUCUCUUCCUAAACAAUUUGGCUGUUUGAUUCAUUUUAUUUGUCUGUUUUGUUGAAUGGGUUUAUCACCAGAACACUCAGCUUCAAAUCUUUACUGCUGUGAAGAUGUUGGAGAUUUAGGGAUUUGGGAUAAUGAUACAUGGAUCUCUGAUCUUAAUCUACCAUUGGAUUUCAGUGAAGAAAUCAAUGACGAUGAUGAUGUUGAAGAUGAUAAUAACAGUUUGAUUGAUUGGUUAAUCGAUUCAGAGAUCCAUCAUAUCCCUUUACCUGAUUAUCUUCAACGAAUCCGUGACCAUUCGAUUGAUCCCAUUUCUCGUCAAAAUGCUAUUAACUGGAUUUUAAAGGUACAUGAACAUUAUCAUUUUAUACCAGUUACAGCAUACCUUACUGUUAAUUAUCUGGAUCGUUUUCUCUCUUCUUAUCCUUUACCAGAUGGAAAUGGAUGGCCAUUACAGUUAUUAUCAGUAGCUUGUUUAUCAUUAGCAGCUAAAAUGGAAGAACUGAAAGUGCCUCAUCUAAUAGAUUUACAAAAUUCAGAACCCAAAUAUGUUUUUAAUUCAAGUAUGAUUCUAAGAAUGGAACUUCUGGUAAUGAGUAAUCUGAAAUGGCGAUUGCGAUCAGUCACACCAUUUGAUUAUCUUGAUUAUUUCGUUUCUAAACAUCCUUCUAGUUUGGGUUCUCCUCGUAACGUUUUUUUCACCCGUACUUUUUCUCGUGCAUCAGAUCUUAUUUUCGGCACGAUUCGAGUGACUGAUUUCUUGAGCUAUUCGCCAUCGAUCAUAGCUGCGGCUGCUGUAAUUCUUGCUUCUGGUGGCGGCAUUGACUUAUCGGUGGCGGAUGAUCAGAAAUCGGUGACAUACUAUGAUAAAGUUAACAAAGUAAAUGUGGGUGCUUGCUUACUUAUGAGAUUGUAAAUUGUGACGCUAACUCUCGAUGAUGCAUGAAGUGGUGAGAGGCUGUCAUCAACUAAUGAAGGAGUAUUUGGCAGCUGACACAUGUACAUUAGGUGUUGUUGAGAGCGUGAGAUCUGAAUCAGGCCCACUUCAGACUCCGGUUAGUGAUGAAAAGCACGUGAAAUCUCAAUCGGGGCCACCUGAGAGUCCGAUUGGAGUGAUUGAUGCUGCGGCCUGCAAGAGCUGUGACACUCAGAAGUCCAAAUCUGAGAAUCCUGAGACCAUCCCGGUUAAGCCAUCAUCAAGCAAACGCAGAAGAUUAGUAUUUGAUAGUUGAUACAGUUAUAUUGAGAUUCAUAGCAUAUAUAUUCAGAUAUAAAAAUCAUAUAAGAUAAGAUACAUUCAAUAAUCUCUCUCAGCUUGGCACGUCAUAUUUCGACCGUUAUAAAGUGAGGGAAAGACUGGCCCGCGUGUUGCGCCGGGCUCAGACUUUAUCUGGGUAUAACUGGAAGAAUUUUCUCAUGUGUCCACUCGUGCCAUGGGUUUGAGAUUCACUACCCACUGAGAAGAUCCGAGUUCCUCCGUUUAAGCUCAAGUUCCUUUUAACAAACAACUUGAAUAAGUUUUUUAGUUUGUUUUCUUUAAUCGAGAUACGAAAUUUUGAUAUUCUUUUAAGAUUUUAUCAUAGAUUACAAUAACUUAAUUUGUUUCUUGUAUUCAUUUUAUUUUAAUUAUUUUAAAUUAUAAAAUUGAGAAAUGUAAAAUCAUGCAUGCUUCAGUGAUAAUGUAUUGAAUAUAAUACUAGUUUUAAGGCAGUGAUUAA